AUUUCUCUUUAGUCUACCGUAGUUGAUCUAGGUUUCAGGAUGUUUCUAGUAAUCCUUCUCAUAACCCUGUCCCUUUACCUCUAUCAAAAGUGGAUCUACACCUACUGGAAGCGUCGGGGAGUACCUCAGCUGAAUCCUUCGUUUCCCUUCGGAGACGUAGCGGACACGUUCAAACAGCGCAAAUCCUACGCGAAUCGUCUUGCCGAAUUGCAUCAUCAAUCCGCCAGCGAUAGCCAUCGGUUUGUCGGAAUCUAUACGUUGUUCCAACCGAUCCUGCUCGUAACGGACGUUGAAUUGGUCAGACGAAUGCUCACCGUCGAUUUCGAGCACUUUACGGAUCGCGGCGCACACGUCAACGAAAAACGAGAUCCUUUGAGUGGCCACUUGUUCUCCCUGGCGGGUGCCAAAUGGAGAUGGAUGCUACAGAAGCUAGCUCCAGCGUUUACGUCUGCCAAGGUAAAGUCGAUGUUUCCGACGAUGAUGACCUGUGGUCGUACCCUAUCGGCAGUGGUCGGAGACCAUUUGGGCCGAGCAUUGCCCAUUCGUGCUCUGAUGACGAGGUUCACCAUGGAUGUGAUCGCUUCAGUUGGGUUCGGAUUGGAUUGUAACAGUAUGCGUAAUCCGGACGAGCCGUUCCACAAGAUGGGAUCCAAAUUCUUCUCGAAAAGUUGGAAGACUUCUGUGCGAAUGCUAUUGGCCUUUGUGGCACCGAAGGUUAAUCGGUUCUUGCAGCUGAAACUGAACGACGAUGACGUGGAAGAGUACAUGCUGAACUUGGUGAGAGAUACGAUCGCUAAAAGGGAACACGGAGGAGAAGUGAGGAACGAUUUUAUUCAACUUUUGGUGCAGUUGAGGAAUCAGGUUGAAGUGGAAGAUGGCGGAAGUUGGGAGAUCAAUAAGGUCGAGCCGAAUAAGGCUUUGACCGUUCAGGAGAUAGCAGCGCAGUCAUUUGUGUUCCUGAAUGCUGGAUACGAGACAACUUCUUCAACCAUUACGUUCUGCUUGUUUGAGUUGUGUCGCAACAGAGAUCUCUUAGGGAAGCUGCAAGAGGAAAUCGACGAAGUGGUGGACGGUGGCAGAGAGGCCAGUUAUGAAGCGAUUACGGAAAUGACAUAUCUGGAGGCUUGUGUUGAAGAAACACUUCGAAAGUAUCCUAUCUCUCCCGUUCUGUUCAGAGUUUGUACCAAACCGUACAGAAUUCCUGACACGGAUUUUGUGAUCGAGAAGGGGACGUUGGUGCAAAUUUCACUAGUAGGAUUAAAUCGUGACCCGAGGUAUUAUGAGGCUCCUCUAAAGUUCGACCCGGAUAGAUACGGGGAACGAAAAGCGGAAACAAUGGUCCAUUACAGUUUCGGAGAUGGUCCAAGAGGCUGUAUAGGUUUGCGCAUGGGAAAGGUCAUGGUCAAAAUGGCCCUGGUUGAACUUCUUUCAAACUAUGAUUUCGAAAUGGAGUCACCAACCGGUGAAAACGAGCUGGAUCCAUCACUGCUGAUGCUUCAACCCAAACACGAUGUCAUAUUGAUUCCAAAAUUCAUGUAAACAAUAUCUCGGAAGUUUUUCACUGAAGAGUAAGUUGAGGCUGAAAUUUCUAUGUUGAAUAAUCAACAUUGGUAGAAAAACUAGACCUGUUGAAAAAAUAGCGCUAAUGGACCUAUUGGCUAUUAUUUUGCUAAACGAACUAAUGUCAGAAUAUUCAUCCAUUUUUAGUUAUCGCCGUUUUAAAUUGUGUUGUCUAGAACGAACUUUUAACAUGCCGGAUAAGGCAAAACCUCAAAACUAUUAAGGGGCAAAAGUUUGCUGAUUGAAAUACAAAAUGUUGUU